AUGGACAAACUGAGAAAAUCAUUCAACAGAUCAUCACCCCAACACGAAAACCAAAUCGAACCAGAAGAAGAAAAACAAAACUUACUUCACACCGUGGUCCAAAUUCCAUCACACCCAACUUCAACUUCAAUGGCUCCAAGUGGUGGUUCACCCGAAUUCGGCGUGAACCGAAAAGAAAAUGUGAUGAAUGGUACUAAUAAUAAUAAUGUUGCUAGCUCUGCUUCAAAUAAUAAUAAUAACAAAGAAGCAGAGCUAGCAACAUUUAAUUUAAAUAAUAAAAAUAUUAAUUCUAGUAACUCGAGUUCGCCAAACCUUAGUAAUAAUAAUAAUAAUAAUAAGGUUUGGCGAGAUUCGAGUUACGACUUUACAAAUGAUAAUGAGAAGUUCGAUUUUGGAACUUCUGAAACAUCAUCUACACAUCAAUCUCCUAGUGGAUUAUCUAGGAUAGCUGAAAGUCCACCUAAUAACUAUGGAAUACUUACACCUAAAGAAAUUAGGGUUUCGUUUCAUGAGGAAGUUGUUGAGCCGCAGCCGGUACGGCAGCGUACCGGCGGUGGCGGUGGCGGUGGUGGUAGUGAUGAAGUUUUGGUUUGUUCAGGAAAUGCGUCUUUCAGGGGAGGGAAGUCGAGUUUGUUAAGGACGAAAACGAAGUCUAGGUUAAUGGAUCCGCCUGAAAAUGAUCAGAGGUCGGGUCGGAUAGGAUCGAAGUCGGGUGUUUUAGGGAAAGGAGGGAGUGAGAUAGAUGAGGAGGAUCCGUUUUUAGACGACGAUUUGCCGGAUGAGUAUAAGGAGUUGAGGUAUAAUAAAUGGACUUUACUUCAGUUUUUUAGUUUAAUAUUGAUACUUGGUGCCUUAGUUUGUACGUUAACUAUUCCGUUUCUCGAACAUAAACGUUUAGUUGGACUUAAAUUAUGGAAAUGGGGGGUUAUGAUAUUGGUUGUGAUAUGCGGGAGGUUGUUUUCGGGUUGGGGGAUUAGGUUUAUUGUUAUAUUGAUAGAACGGAAUUUUCUAUUGAGGAAAAGGGUUUUGUAUUUUGUUUAUGGGUUGCGGAAAGCAGUACAAAAUUGCGUUUGGUUGACGUUGAUUUUGAUUGCUUGGGAAUGCAUAUUUGAUGAUAGAGUUGAGGAUAUUGGACGUGGGAAGGAUAUUUUGCCUUAUGUGACCAAGAUUUGGAUUUGUCUCUUGGUUGCUACGCUUUUUUGGUUGGUUAAAACGUUGCUUGUUAAAGUUCUCGCGUCGUCUUUUCAUGUGAGUACGUUUUUUGACCGGAUUCAAGAAUCUUUGUUUAAUCAGUAUGUGAUUGAGACGCUUUCUGGUCCACCGUUGAUUGAGAUUCAACAAGAACGGGAAGAGGAAGAUAGGGUGAUAGAAGAAGUUUCAAAACUUCAAAAUGCCGGUGCCACUUUACCAGCUGACCUUAAGGCGAAUAUAUUUAAAAGAAGUGGGAGGAUUAUUGGGACACCGAGAACAAACGCUACAAGCACUCCAAUGACUGGUAAAAGUGGCAAAUUUUCUGAAGUUAUUACUCCUAAGAAAGUUGAUGAGGGGAUUACAAUUGAUCACUUGCAUCGGCUAAACCAAAAGAAUAUAUCGGCUUGGAAUAUGAAAAGGUUGAUGAAAAUUGUGCGUACUGGGGUGUUAUCUACUUUAGAUGAGCAAUUGGAGGGUACAACCGGUGACGAGGAUGAUUCUGCAGUGCAGAUCACUAGCGAAAAACAGGCUAAGAUUGCAGCCAAGAAGAUAUUCAACAAUGUUGCUAAACCAGGCUCCAAACGCAUUUUCCUAGAGGACUUGAUGCGUUUUUUGAGGGAGGAUGAAGCAUUAAAGGCGGUAAGACUCUUUGAAGGAGAAAGUGAAACUAAAGGAAUCAGCAAAGGAGCUCUCAAAAACUGGGUGGUCAAUGUAUUCCGAGAAAGAAGAGCUCUUGCAUUGUCUCUCAAUGACACAAAAACAGCUGUAAACAAACUUCAUCAAAUGUUGAACGUUGUUGUUGUGAUCUUGAUAAUCGUGAUCUGGCUUCUUAUACUCAAAGUUGCAACUACACAUUUCUUCAUAUUCCUAAGUUCACAGUUGCUUUUGGUUGUGUUUGUGUUUGGUAAUACUUGCAAGACAACAUUUGAAGCCAUUAUUUUCUUGUUCGUAAUGCAUCCAUUUGAUGUAGGUGAUCGUUGUGAAAUUGACAGUGUUCAGAUGGUUGUCGAGGAGAUGAAUAUACUGACCACAAUCUUUUUGAGGUUUGAUAACCAGAAAAUUUCUUACCCGAACAGUGUCUUGGCAACAAAACCGAUAGCCAAUUAUUACCGUAGUCCGGAUAUGGGAGAUGCUAUCGAUUUUGUUAUACAUGUAUCAACUCCUGUGGAAAAGGUGGCUUUGAUGAAGGAGAGGAUUACAAGUUACAUUGAGAACAAGAGUGACCAUUGGUACCCGGCACCAAUGAUCGUGGUGAGGGAUGUGGAGGAUUUGAAUAGGUUAAAGAUAUCAGUAUGGAUUUCACACCGUAUGAACUUCCAAGACAUGGGUGAAAGAUGGCAAAGAAGAGCUCUUCUAGUUGAAGAAAUGAUUAAAAUCUUUAGAGCCCUUGAUAUUGAAUACCGGAUGCUUCCUGUUGACAUCAAUGUCCGUAACAUGCCUGGUUUAACAUCAAGUCGGCUUCCCUCAAAUUGGUUGGCUUGCACAAACUGAUGAUAUUAGGGGGUGAAUUCUUUAAACUGUUUUCUUAAUGAAACCGUUAGUGUAGUUUAGACUUGGCAGUGGUUACAUGGUACUAUAUAUGGUAGACUUGAUGCAUAUGUGAAUACUUUCAUGAAAGAUUAGGAUUGUUGGUUUUGAAGUUCAUCUGUUGGUCUAUUUUUGGUUUAGUAUAUUGUAUUGUUUUGCGGGUCUCUUUUUCAUUUUGUGAAUAUGGAAGAGACCCAAGGGAUUUGAGGAGUACGUGUCAGAAAGGCUAAACCGGAUUCUGUUUCUUGUUUUGAUUUCAUUUUACAAAAAUAAAAAUGAAACCAACUUGGAAGUUCAAUAAGCA